UGUACUGGUGGGUCAGGGAUGGGUUAUGAAAUAAAAACAAGAUGUGUUGCCCUUUUGAAAAAGAACGAUAGUUCAGACAAAAUUAUACAGCAGCAUGACACUUAAAACUCACUUGAGUACAUAUUGCAGAAUAGGUCUUCUCCAGCUAUUUUUAAAAUGACGCUAGAUUAUUUUUUUUUAUUUUGCUCUAACCUAAAAUUUAAUUAUGAGUUGUAAGACAGAAAUUGCAUAUAUCUUAUUUCAUUCAACCCUAACCCUGAAUAACGACUCAAGUACUGCAUGUUUAAAAGAAACCACCACAUUAAUUCUCAAAAGGCUUUUGAAUUUAAAUAUUUUGUCAUUAAAUUCACUGUUUUCUUGUAUGUGGGCUUUUGCGCAGAGUGCACAAACCACCGCUAUACUUAACUGAGCAGACUAAACAGCGCCGCCCAAUGGUCAAGCAAGUACUGACAGCGAGAGCACACGUUGACACAACCGUCCCGCCCUGAAUUGAAACUUUGGCGGCGCCUGAAUGAGAGGCGAUCGGUGACAUACACAGCAACAACCGGGGGGCGGUGCUUCUUACUUUCAAACCGAUAGAAAUGAUUAGACUCCUCUCGGUGCCCGCCGGCGGAAUAUGCGCAGAUAAACCAGCGAGCGACUGUGAUGAGAAGCUUUUUCUUUCAAAACAUUGUCGGACGUGACAUAAGAACUUGAGGUGACAGAGAACGAGAGAGGGCAGAUUGGAGGAACAGGUUCAUCCAGAGACAAAUGUUGCACAUUUUUUAAAUGUAACACUACAUGAACUUAUAAGUAUGACUAGAAACGGAGCAUAAAGGUCGGUAACGUAGCGACAGAGGCCCGUAGAUGCGUAAUUUUUGGCUAACAUUCACGUAAAUACGUUUAGACCACAACAAAGCUAUGGUUAGCUAGUAGCUUACCUUACUGUAACUGUUACAGCAACUUCGCUUAGCAAGCGUGUAGUGAAAUAUUCCUCGUCGGGUUUAAUGACUGUCAUUCACCUCUGUCCGGCGUUAAUGACAGUGAGCGUUACGGAAACAUGCAGGAAGAAAACUUCGGAAGAGCUAGCUGUUAGCUAGCUGUCCAGACUCUUAAACAUUGGGUUCAAUGGACAGAAGCAGCAAGGGACGCGGAGCUCCUGAUGAGGAACAUGAUGGAGACCAGGCAGACGGUUGGAUUGGACUGUCGGAAGCAGAGGAAGUGUCACCUGCAUGCAGUCCACCAAAAACAUCACCCAAAUGUGGAGUACCAGACCUUUCGGGGGACAUUUUUGCUCUGAGGUUCUCUGAGGAGAAAUCAGAUAGAGAGACUGGACCAAUGGUAUUAAGUGAUGUGAUAGCUGAAGGCCAAGCAGAAGUUGAUGACACGGGGAGGGAUGCUCCCUCUGUGUCACCCUCUAUCCUCAUGGACACAUGCGCUCCUUCCAUAUCAAGCCUGUCCUCCUCAUGCUCCUCCACCCAUCAUCAUCCCAAUUUGUCUUCGUCCUUAUCUUCCUCUUCCUCUGUCGUGUCUCUGACUCCACCCUUGCCUCCUUCUGUGGAGCUGCCAGCUGUGAUGACUGACACAAGGCUGACCCUGGAUGUGUACCUGGGGGGAGCAGCUGCACUGCCUCUCCUUUGGGGAUCCAUCCCAGGGCAGCUAAUGUCCAUCCAGUACCUGAGACUGGGCUCCGAGGAUAAAGCAGGUCUGGAUGGUGCACUGGAUGUCCUACCCUACCUGAAUGAGCUGCGCUCACUGGCUAUUCGGGGACACUGUUUUUAUGACUCGCAAGGUGACCCCCUGCCUGGCCUCCUCACCUCUUUGCCCUCAUCCGUUUCCUCCCUGUCUCAUCUGGUACACCUGGAUCUCUCCUUCAACCAGCUCUCCUGCCUACCAUCCUGCCUUCUCACCUUGCCUGUGUUGUCAUCCUUGCUCCUCUGUCACAACCACCUCUCAGCUUUGCCUCCAGAUAUAGGCCAGCUGUCUUCCCUUACCUACCUCUCCCUCAUGGGGAAUGAGCUGGUCUGUCUUCCCCCGAGUCUGGGUCAACUGAAAGCGCUACAAACACUGGAUAUUUCACAUAAUCUCCUUCAGCAACUACCCGAUGAAAUUGGUUUUCUGGAGGAGCUUGUUAAGCUGGAAUUGUCCCAUAACAAGUUGAAUCAGCUACCAGAGAGCAUGGGCUCUCUCCUCUCCCUUAGGGAGCUUGUCAUCUACAGCAAUGACCUCCGCCUGCUCCCACAUUGCCUGAACAAACUGCCUCGGCUGAAAAUAGAUGUGCGUGACAAUCCUUUGGGACAACCCCCUACUCCUCCUCCUCUCCCUCCUGCACCUGAUCAAGCCGAAACAAAAAUUCCAGAACUGCACCUAGGAUUUAAUCAGCACAGUUUCUGUGUUUCGUCUGCUGGUUGUCAUGUGUUUCUCCCAGGGGGGGCUGAGCUGCUGUUCCCCCCGGGGUGCUUGUUGACAACCACAAGACUGGAGUGGCUUGAGAAAAGGCCAGAAAGGAAGUGGGUGUUGCUGGAGGAGCAUGACAUCUUACUGAGUCGACCACUGGAACUCCGUCCUCAUGGAAUUACAUUUCUGAAGCCUGUGGAGGUGUGUGUGCCAUACCAUCGGACAAAAAGAAGGGAGGUGGUGGUGCAGAGGUUUGAUGGACAGUCAUGGAGUAUUUUGCCCACUGUUCUGAGGAGAGGAAACGAGAGCCAUAGCAGUCAUCCUGGCGGGCGUCCAGCCAGGCUGGCCUGCUGUGCAGUGCGCCAGUUCUCCUGGUUUAUGGCUGUGUCCCGUCCAGUAAAGGACAGCUGCUCUGUUACGCCAGCUGGAGCUCUGCUGGUGUCCAGCUCUGACCCUGGAAUUAAGCUCCACUUCCCUCCAGACUCCACCGUGCAGACCCGCACUAUAACUUUACAGGUGCUGCAGGUGUCUGUGUCAGAGGUACAGGCAGUGUGUGGUGAUCCUCAGGCCAGAGUCAGCCCUCUUCUCUGCCUCUCCCAGUCUCUCAGCACAGAUUUCCUGCAGCCUAUCAAAGUUCAGAUCCCUCUGCCAUCUGGAGUCACAGGCAAUACAGUUGAUAUGUCCAGUUUGCAUCUGCUACACGGAGACCCCACUGCCCAAACCUGGACUGACAUUACAUCACAAGUGUCUCUCUACGUCACCCAUCUGUAUGCCAUUUUCUACAUCACACAUUUCUCCUGGUACUGGCUCUGGUACACCACUCAGCAAUGUGUUAGUGGGGUGGUCAGGAAGGUCUAUCAAAGGCUAAAACAGUUCAAAGUCCAGUUUCUUGUGCUCCAGCGGAAGACUGAUCCUUCACAAGUUAUACUACAGUGUUUACCUUCUAACAAGGUGGACAGCAGAGUGCAGUCUUUGUCAGAGCAAUAUGACGGACCUCAACCUUCAGAUCUGUGUGACCUGCUGGAAGGAGAGCAGUUCUUUGCCGGCUUUGAGAGGGGCUUGGAUAUCAGCACAGAAAGACCAGACUGUGUGGGUGGAAGGCUGUGUUUUGUGUUUUACUCCAGCCUGAAGAAUCUGAAGGAAGUGUACAUCUGUUCAGCUGAGGGUCAUAAGGGACCAGUGAGAGGACAAGUGUCUUUUUAUAGAGGGGAGAUUCCCAACAAUCUCCCAGAGGAUGUGGCGAGGAAGAGGAAAGGACAUGACAACCAGUGGCUUGCAACCUUACCGCUAAGACUCCCGGCUCUAAACUCAGAAAAUAAUUUCAUCAUGGAAGAGCUCCAGCAUCCUCCUCUGAACCUGGGUGACCCUGAGAGCGGCUACCUGACAGAAGCCAACCUGCUGUCCAUCUCUCUUCAGAUAGGACAGGACUGGCGUGUUAUUGGUAUUAAUCUUGGCUUAAGCUACCAGGAGUUGGACCGCAUCCAGUACAAGUACAGCACAGCCAAAGCCUCUAAGGAAACAAGAUGGAGUAAGAUUUACUGUGACUGAGGGAGAACCGCGAUGGGAGAGAAAUGGAAGAGAAUUUUGAUUGUUUUAAUCUGCACUGUCAGCCAUCACUAAGCCAUCUGGGACACUGCAGGAGAUUACACAGAGACUGAUGCUCAUCUGUCCCUCCCCCUGCUCCUCACGCUCAGAAACCCUCACAUGACGCAUCCUGGAGGGACAACCUGGGAGCCUUAGUGCUGGACAUGCUGUUCCACUGGGCCCGUGGACAGAGGAAUGCAGGACCAGGGGCAGUGUCGAGGCUGGUGGCUGCCAUGAUAGAGAGCAACAGGAGGGACUUGGCAGAUGAGAUAGAGG